AAAUGGAGGAAAAAUUCUUGGUCAAUAUGUUUUGCUUCUCUAUAAUAGUUGCAAAUAUCCAGCUAUCGUAUGCUGAACUUGUUGUUAAUGUAAAAACAAGGAGUGGACAAUAUACUCAGCAAUAUCUUAUGGCUGAUCCUGAAAAGGAUAUAGUUAUGAUUGACUUUACAAUGCCUAAUGGAGCCAAAACCACGACAUUGAUUGAUUUCUCAAAGGUAUUAAUUAAUUAAUAGUUUGUAUACUGUAGGUAAAUAGGUAGUAUCGAAAAUAAAAUAGUGAGAAAAUCUAUCGGCUUCGUAUACGUAGCCAUUCCAGACUGGAAUCUUCGCCAAUGGCUCGGAGAAGAAAAAUCAACGAUAUUUUUGGAAUUUUGGGCACGGAUAUAUAUUGAAGAAGACCAAUAUUUGCGUGGAUUACCCAGACUGGAAAAUUUAGAAAUUGUGUGUCCGAGAUUACUAAAAUUUAAUAGUAAAUACAUUGGGAACAUCAAAACUGCACACACAAGAUUACGGCUGCAUGUUACAAACUUUCCAGGCUCAGUGGCGGGGGGGGGGGGGGGCCAUGCCCCCCCCCCCAGCGAUGGUUUCAAGAUAGGUGCCGAAAAGCCAGUGGGGCACUAAAAUUGCCAAGAAGGGCCUGGGUUAGUAUGAUCUAUUUUAUGAUUAUUAAAGUUGAUCUAUUUUGUGAUUAUUAAAAUUGUGACAUUGAGACCCAACACGUCAGAACAUUCCAGACUUUUGAUAUUUGAUAUGUUACAUUAGACUGAUAGUGCUCUGUCACGCUUGCAUAAGCUUCACACUUGCAUAAGCUUGCUCAGCUAUAAAUAGCAUAACAAGUAAUUUCUGAUUAUAGACAUUAUAUAACGAUCUAAAAUAGCUUUAGACGAAACACUAUAUAAGGACGGCUUGCUGAAAUAGAAACAUGUGGUAAAGUUAUUGUAUUCAAAACUCAAGAAGAACGUUUUUAUGUACCAGUGAGACUAUCGUCUAGCCCUUUUUAUGCCAAGGAGGCAAGGACUGCUGGACUGUUGCCUCAGUGCUUAGCUGUGUCUUAAGACAGAUAAUUAUAUCGGUUGGUAUACUUACCGUAUAUUCUCUGUAAAUUCUUUAAAUAAAUACAUUUAGGAAACUAAAUUUCCGCAAUAAGCUUCUUGUAAUUAUGUUCGUAACAAAACAAGAUGAUCGAGUUAUAAAAUAUGAAUGAAGUUGUUUUAUAAUUAAUAUCAGGCUAUCAGCCAUCAGGAAUCAUGAUAUCAGAAAUCUGUGUAGUUUUUUUUAAAUUAAACUUGCAAGAAUCUGCAGUGUCUGGUGUAGCAACUGCAUCUGAGUUUGAUCCUGAUUUGUCUGCCAAUGGUGGAAUCAUCAAAGAAUUUAAUGACAGCAGAUUUCACGAUAGAAUUACUGACUUUGAAACCAGACAUCGGGUAUAACGAAGCUUUGAAUACAUCAAUACUGAAUCGGGGCGAAGAAGACACAAUCAUCAUUGAACAGUGCAUGCUCCGGAGAAAUCCAGCAUUUGUAAUUGAUGGAGGGAAUAAAACCAAUGAUCCCGCGUUGCUUGUUGGCAUGAAGUUCGGGAUAAAGAAAAGCUUUGUAAAAAUGAACCAUGUCAGCCACCCGAAUCCAUUUUAUCUGAGAGAAACAAGAAAAUUGGAGAACGUAACCGGUACUACUCGCAGGCAGUAUUCUUUCACGAAGAUCAAACUAGGCGCAAAUGGCUUUCAUACUCGCUAAGUAAGGAUUAUCUAUUAUGUCUCCCAUGUCUCCUAUUUUCAGAUGAAUGUUUAAGAGGCGAAAACACGCGCCACAACCAAGGAAAUGCUUUUACGAAUGCUGGGUACUCGAACUGGAAGAAGCAGCUACAGUAAUAUCACAAAGCACGAAAAGUCCGAAAGUCAUAUAAAUGCCAAGAUUUCUCAAGUUGUCGUUUUGCAAGGACGAUCAAUCGAUUCAUGCUUGGAGCAACAAAAAAGACCGAAAUUUUGCGUCCGAAGAGAGAAGUUGUGGCACACCGCCGUAUUAUGAAACGCGUUGUCGACACUGUUGUACAUUUGGGAAAGCAGGGACUUGCUUUCAGACGGCAUCAAGAGUCCCCCUAAUUGAUGACCCAGAAGCAAAUAAAGGAAAUUUUCUAGAGUUGCUGAAUUACCUGUCAACCUACGAUAUAACAACUGCCGCCACGAGCAGCUUAGUAUUUGCGUAAGGAUCGUUAAUCGUAAUGGCAAAUGCUCCGAGCACCUUUUGUCUUGCAAAAGAGCUUCAGGUGUCCCAGCAGAUUUGGACCCCCCUCAAAAUGGACCCCCCGGUCCAAAUCCGCUAGCGAAUAUGGACCGGGGAGUCCAUAUCCGCUAGCGAAUAUGGACCUAUGGGGGUCUUUAUUCGCUAGCGGAUUUGGACUCCCAUCGCGAAUUUGGACCCCUCGCGUAUUUUAUCAUUGCAACGUAUUGUAUUUUGAAUAUUGUACUGAAAGAGUUUUAAAUCGUCAUAAAUCUCAUCUGAUUUAUUUUAAAAACCGUACGAAGAUUCUUAGAUUAGAAAAUUCCAUCAAAUCAUAGAUGUUUAGAUUAAAGAAUUCCGUCAAAGUUUUUGAUUUAUAAUUUUUCUGCUACAUCGGUUUAUUUCUAUGAUCUUGGAAUGUGCGAGAAGCGCAUGAAGCCUUCACAAGUAUUUUACUCCUUGGAAUUGCUAUCCGCUCUGACGCUUAACUAAUGAAAUAAAAACGGAAAAUGAAAAUAUAUUUCAAAUUAUUUUUGCCUUAACAUACCCAUAACAAAGUGAUGCAUUCCAUUCAACCCUAAACUUUUAUAAAAUUAGCAUCUCAAUAACUUGUUUUCGUCGUUAAGCAAAUUCCAAGAUAGUUGAGUCAUGCCAAUAGUUAUCAUACAUACCGUUACAUCGCAUGUUUAAAUUUGUUAUUAUAUUGUUAGCUACUAAAUGUUGUGCAAACCUUUCGCAAAUGCUCUCAUUUUGGGAUUACUUUAUUAAUAUCGUUAGAUUUUUACGCAAAGCUGGUUAUUUUGAUCUCGAGAAUACAUAUAUUAUCUAUAAUUUCAUCAUAGAUAGUCGACAACUACUCGUAUAAUUAAUUCUUAAAUCGAAAAUUUCUUCUUUUUGUGAAUUUUAGGGGGUCCAAUUCCGCGGAAGGGGGUACAUAUCAGCUAGCGGAUGUGUACCGUAGGGGUCCAAAUCCACUAGCGGAUAUGGACCGUGGAUAUGGACCGUGGGGUCCAUAUCCGCGGGGAGUCCAAAUCCGCUGUGACACACUGUUAUGCGCAUACGCUUAAUCUUGUUUUGUCCGACUCUGCAAGUGUUGCUGUCCAAGUAAUAAGCUUCUUCAAUGACCUCGAAGCCUUGUACGUUCCCUUUAGCAAGACAUGAAGAAUCCGUGACUUGUUCGAAGCUGUCCAACUGGAAGAAAACCUGAAAGCCCUUCUUCUAAAGAUACUUAAUACUGAAGGUCCUUCUCUCUCAUUACGACUGCAUUUUAAGUGUCCUGGAAACCGUUGCGCGUUGGACAGUUUAAUUGAUGGAAAUUUACGAAAAACGAGCACUGGCUUAUUGAUGCAGAUUUGUACUGAUCCGCUGAGCGGAAGCCGACAUUUUUACAACGCGUUGAUGCAGUUGCUUUUGGAAAAACCCUGGUAGUAAUGCCUCGUUCUUUAAAAAAUAAUGCAUACAAAUAAUUAAUAACAGUGGACAAAUUUCAAAGCACAUUGCUAAUAAACAUCUCGAAUGAACACUAUAAUCAUCGCCUUGGCAGUUGGCACAUCGCCACACAAACAAAUAAACUGAAAGUAUAGGUAUACAUUUUGACUCCUUGUAUAAAUAUAAAGACGAUCAGUGGGCUAUUAAAACUGCUGAUAAAUUCAUGAAAUCAUAUUGUUUCCGAUACGGUCCUCUAUAUCGAACAAUAAACAGCAGAUCUAAAUAUAAAUGCAUUUAAGUAUAUCGCCAGAAAGAAAUAAAGUAUCCUUACCUGAAUUAUUCAAAAUGUUGUCCAUCGUUUGCAUCGUGAAAUCCAUACUUCGUUGACUGGGAAAACACGCUGCUUACUGCUCGGAGACCACCAAAUUACAUCGCUCAUGCGAUGUUUUCGAGUUCCCUCGCAGUUAUUGUGUAUGCCAUUUUGUAACUGCUACGUCAUAAUGUCUGGAAGUUUGUUUUCGUAAAAAAAAUAUAGGAAAAUAACAAUAUUAAGUUUCUGCCUAAAUUGUAACUACUUAAUGUUCACUACUGUUCACAGUAAUGGUGCUGCGGCAUUAGCAUGCCUCGAUAUUACAACAGACAUCCACUUGGUAUUUCGGCCGACAGAUCUCGAGUCUUCAUAAACCGGAAUGUGAUGGCUUUUAAGACCUAAAUCCUUGUCUCCUUUCCGAUACAAAGCUGCAAUUUUCCCAACUGGUCUUUGACACUGGAUGGUUGCGGGAAAAUAGCUAUCAAUCACUACAAUCAGGCCUUGCUCUCGUACUAAACAACAGUAAGCGUGGAUAGAUCUUGAGCGGAUGAGGUCCAAAAAAACUGAACCGCGGAUGGCACACAGUUUUAUAGUUUUCGCACGGGUGCGUUUGAUCUCACGAGAAAUGCGGAGUAGCCAUUACGUCUUCAUAUCUACUCUGGAAUCUGGCCCUUCAAACAUAUCUGGGUGCAUUGAUGUCAUUGCGUUGUUUGAAAAAAUACAACCAUGCAGAGCCACUUUAGACUGUGUAUACCUAGAGCAUGUGUAUAACGCUUCCCUAAGCCGUAGCAUGGCCAAAAAGAUUGUAUAUACUGCAUUAGUGAGGAAUCCAACCAGAUCAGGUAAAGAAGGAAGAGAGGGCUCAUUGAGUUUUGGUAGGGUUCAUUGAGUUUUGGUAGGGUUCGAAGCUACAGCAGCAAAGCACUAGGUUGUAGUCUUGCUUGAUAAUUAUAAACUCAUGUUACUAUCUCAUUCUGUCUCUAUUUUAUUUUUGUUUUUGCCUUUCCAAAUCCAAACCCCCCUGCACCUCCUCAAUAAAUAAUUAAAUCCAUCCCUGUCUGCAUAUUGCACUAGAUAUAUUCAUUCUCCUUCACUUCAAUGUUGUUGUCAGAUUAAUGGGUGUUUAUUAGCAAUGAGAGUGAACUCAUGUGUACAACAGUGCCAUUUCAUAUCUGUAGAAAUGAUGAAUGGCGAAACAUAUGGUAGUCAAGACAGAUGGCUCCUCCGCAUCGUUUUCUUUUGUGGAUUGGAACUUAGAGCAAUGUUGCUCAGUUUCAUGCCACUCAUGCAUGGGAUGAAAUUUGAUUUGACAGUUUAAUAAAUUUAAAACUUGCAACCUCAGAGAAAUCCUUGGCUAAUAAUGGAAAGUUUUACAAUUUAGGUUAAAAAUUAUAGAUAUAUAGGGCUAUGACAUUAAAUUUAAAAUCCAUGGAUGCCAAAAAGAGCAAUGACAAUGUAACAAUGUUGCACCUUAAGUAAUAGACCUAUUCAAGUGGCUCCAAUAAUGUUGGCCCAAUACUAUCCAACAACUUUCAAAUAAUUGAGAAAUAGAGAACUAAUGCUUUAUACUUUUGUUUGCUCUAUAACUUCACGUUUGGCAAUUGAAGAUCUUGUGAUCUUUUUCAGGCAACCCAAAGAUCCAUCCUCAUUCUCACAAGGCCCAUCCUUAUUCCCAGAAGUCCACACUGGGUGACUGGGAAUAAGGUACCAGAAGUCCUGACUGGGAAUGAGGAUGCCUGACGACCAUAUCUGAGCUUCCUCCUUAGAAGCGUGGUGGACAAGUUAAUCAAUGCUGUAUUUAGCCAAGCAUGCAUUUAAAGAGAUUGGGAGCCCACAUGCAAUUGUCCCGGGCCACUAUCCUCUGUUACUGUUACCACCCUCUUGCUUUAUAAAAUUUUGGCUAGCAAUUAUUUCAUUCAUAGUCGGACUCCAUGCUAGGCCGUUGGCCAAAAUUAUUUCGCUUCGUGGCAACCAUGUGGGAAGUACUUGGUUUAUGGUUUAUUUGAAAGGCAUAUAGGUACAUUACUACCAAAAAAGUUCCCAAGCAAAAAACUUGCCCAAUUGUAUUACAACAAAAAAAUGGGAAAUUUUGUAUCGAUUACAAUAAAAAUGACAUGCAUCAUCAGAAAACGUACAAAAAACCGCAUAUAAGAGUUUUAAACAGUUUUUUGAUUCUUCAAAUAGUCUUUGAGUUAUUGCUGUUGUUAUUGGCCCAGGCCUGCCCGCGUUAAUUGGUCGCGCUACCUGGCGUCAUAGAUUUUGCAUGCUCAUUAUAAAAUCCGCCAGAUUGUUAGCUGAACAAAGUGACGUCAUUGGCGGCAUCCCUUUGUACUCCAGAGUGGGGUCUAUUACUACUGACCAUACUGUAGAGCAAUAAUAAAGUUUGCUCAUUACUAAGGCAUUGAUAAUUAAGCGAGGAGUGUCACUGUGAAAGCUAUCCUUUACUCUGUUUAUCUGGCACAGCUUGGCCAUACAAGAUGAUACGACAUUUUUGAUAUGGUAGUCGUAUGUCAGAUGACUGUCUAGGGUUAAUCCCAGGUCUUUGGCAUUUGUAGUUGGGGUAAUCUCUUCACCAAGAAAUGUAAUUGUCAUCUCCUCAAGGAGCUUACCGAGCAGUUGACGAGUUCCUAUCAAGAGUAACUUUGUCUUCUCGGGGUUUAUCAACAGUUUAUUUUCGAAAAACCAAGUUGCAACCAAGUUGAGGUCCUCUUCUAUCUUUGUUUUUGCACUAGCGAUAUCUUUCAAUGACAUGAAGAUCUUAGAAUCGUCGACGAAUGAUUCCAACUCGGAUGACUGUGGUACACUUGAGAGGUCAUUUAUAUAGAUGCAGAACAAUAGCGGUGACAAUAUUGCUCCCUGAGGCACUCCGUGGGUGAUUGAUAGAACUUCGGAUACCGAGGAGCCAAUGCGAACGAACUGCUUUCUAUCUGAAAUGUAGCUUUCAAACCAGCUAAGGGCUUCACCUGAAACCCCAAUAUUGCUUAAUUUCUUUAACAUGAUUGAUUGGUCCACGCUGUCAAAUGCUUUUGAGAGAUCCAAAAGGACUAGAGUAGUAAGCUUUUUGUUGUCCAUCGAUUUUAGCAAAAGAUCAUUGACUAAUAUACUGAGCGUUUCGGUUGAAUGAUACUUUUUGUUUCCACUUUGUUCGGAUGAAAGGCGGCCAGUGCGAUUAAGAAAACCGCUAAAUUGUUUGAGAGCAACUUUUUUGCAGAUUUUUUAAAGUACUUUGAAAGUGGGCGGUUAUUUGAAGCAACUUCAUGAUCGCCUUCCUUUAAGAGUGGUAUAAUUUCUGCUAUUUUCCAGGACUCACGGAAAGUCGAGGUGAUGAAUGAGCUAUUAAUAAUAUCUGUCAAUGGGCCGAGUAUGACCGGAAGACAAUCCUUAAUUAGCCGCAUGCUAAUUUUGUCUGGUCCUGGAAAUUUGUUCGACGGCAUUGUUGUUAUUAUGCGUUGCACCUCUGUGCAUGUGAUGGGAGUGAACAUGAACAAUUCCGUAUAGGAGAGUUCAGAUCUCCUAUUCUGAGGCUCCGACAGUUGAUAUAUUUAGGUUAUUUUGUAGGGCUAACGUUUUAGCUGUUUCGGCAGCUCUUUUCCCCACAGAGUGAAAACACUGGUUGAAAUCAUGGGCCACCUCUAAUGUGUUUUUGUGAUAAGUUAAAAUUCUUUUAUCUUUAGAUGGAAUGCACCCAUUAAUCACUUUCCACAACGAUCUAGGAUUAUCUUUAUGGAGGUUAACUUCAGUUCGAACGUGUUUUUCAGCAGCUUUUAAAGUGGAUUUGACUGAUCUUUGGGCGUUUUUAAAUGCUCUCCAAUCUUUUUUUAUAUCUGUGGUGAUGAAGGGACAAGAGCGGUUUUGGAUCUUAAUUAUUCUGACUGGAGCAUGGACAUGAAAUUUGGCUAAAUUUGUAAGAAGGACGUUGUUGAAUUUGUCGAGUUUGGAGUUGACAUUUGAAUCCGAAAAGAUGGAAAUAAGCUCUUCCGAUCUUGAUGCAAGGUGGGCGGUGAACCUUUCGCCGUCGUAGAGAUCGGAGCUUCGCGUUAGGAUAUAUUGCGGUGGUGGCUUGGGUGGCUUCAUAUUAAGGACUGCGUACACCGGUAAAUGAUCGCUUAUAAUAGUAUCCAUGACACCACUUUUCGUUAACAAGAUGGGAAGUCGAAGUUAUUAUCACGUCAAUUAACGAUUCACUAGUGUCUGUUGUUCUAGUUGGUGUUGUGAUUAAUUGGUUCAAGUUCAUCUCGAGCAUGAAGUUUCCUAGUGCUGUAUUCUCUGGACUGUCCUUCAUAACAUUGCAAUUCAGAUCUCCCAAAUAUAAAAAUGGGCUUGUUUAGGAGGACUUGGACAAAACUCGGUUUCAAGUUGGUUUCUAGGCAGGACAGCGAACACUCUCGUGGUCUGUAGGAUAUGCAUAUUACGCUAGAUUACGUUACUCUGAAGUUUCAGCCAAAGCUGAUGGAAAUAGUUUUCAGAAACAGAUGAAAUUUCCUUGAGUUUGGAGACCUUAAUGUCAUUUCGGAUGUAUGCACAAACACCACCUCCGCGUUUAUUUAAACGAUCUUGUCUGAAUAAUGUAUAACCCUCGAUGUAAAUCUCGGCAUACGCAACCUCGUUCCCAGGGCUUUCGAAUGAGGACGAGGGGAGAGAUGAGAAAGCCCUGGUCUGGGGCCGGUCACGUGACUACCCAAAAAAUGGCAGCAUUUGACAGCUACUCGUCAAGGAGUGGCGAGAUAUUCUUUAAUGAAAUAUACAUUAUACAAGUCCUCGAAACAAAUAAACAACCAAAAGACUUCUCAAUCGAUAUUAUUUAUGUGUAGCGAAGUUUGGCACGAAUGAAAUCUCUGAAGAUCUAGCCUUUUCUUCUCCCGCCCGCACUAAACGCCUGCUACGCAGGCUAGAACCGCAAUUGCCUUUAAGCUCGCUAUUGUGAUUGAGAAUAGUAUUAGUCUAUUUUGUAAUUCAUUAGGUAAUUAUUUAAUUCUAGAGCCUACAAGUGUUGAAAACUGCAGUGUUUGGUGAAAUGGAAAGAGGAGAAAAACCUCUUCAUACUUUAUGUUAUGUCUUGAAAUUUUCUCCAAAUGAAUUUAUAUCUUCUGAUGCUAUGUCAAAGUUAAGACAGGUACAGUAUGUUAAAUAAUUAAAUUUAUUACGCAGUAAUUAUGCAAUCUCCGCUUGGAUUGGUUGCCUACAGAUAAUCAUUGAUAUCACUUAAUUAUGACAUCACACUUGCAGAUAAUAGUUUUCUGCAUGUAGAUAUGACGUCAGCUGUGCAGAGAAUAAUCGCAACUCCAGCAUGAAAUGGCGCCAGUUUGAACGAAUAAAAAUAAAGCCAUGGCGAGAUUUGCCUCGGGUAAAUGAAAGCGAUUUACAAAAAUUAUUAGACGAAAAAGAACCUCAAGGAAAAGAAGCACUUGCUGAAGUCCUAACACUUUUUUAUUAAACAAACUUUAUUAUUACAAAAUAUUCAAUGACUUCAAAAUCUACUUAAUAUGUGCAUAUAAAAGCAGGGUUUUAUUUACCUUUCCAGUGAUAAUGAUUUUAUUAAACUUUUUCGUACACGUUAGUACUGUAAGUAAUAAUAUGAAAUCUAGCGCAACUUGAAAUAAAGCACAUUUUAAUGAUAGCUGGCUUUCACUAUGCUGCACCGGUACCAUGCUGUCACGUAUCAACUUUUCUCCCACUCAUGCGGGCUCAUAUUGUGAGCGGACAUUUUUCACAAAAUUGGCAGCUCUGUUUAAAACGCAAAACUGUUAAAUUUUCUCAUCGAAAGUGCGCUGGAAGAAUGAGCCUGCCAUAUGACCAGCACGCUAUAUCAUCAGGGUUUAGGACUUAUCAGAUGGGUAAAUCGUCUAAGUAAAGACUUAGUUUUACCUUAGCUGGGACAGAAAAGUUAAGGCAACGUGUAAUUUCAAAGAAAUGGCUGAAAUUCACUGGAGGGAGGGAGGGAGGGAGGGAGGGAGAGGGAGGGAGAGGGAGGGAGGGAGAGAGAGAGAGAGAUUAUGUCGCGCGUAAAUUUAUUAAAACUUUUCAAAAUAUUAAAGUUACAAAAAUAUUUAUAUUUUUUAAAAAUUGUCCAAUGCAGUAACUACAAUUUGUGGUUUUCUUUUUUUCACUAUGCCAUGACAUCUAUAGAAAAAUCCAGCUGCUAUUCGUAUUCCUGAAGAGGAACUUAAAACGGAAUUUCUGAUUAUGGAAAAAGAGAUUCCAUUUGCAAGUUCUGGAAUGUUUAGUGGUCAUGUUCAUCAAAUGUGUGGAGAUGCAGACAAAAUUUAUACCAGUGUAGAGAAUAUCGAAGCCAUUUCCCAAGGUAAGAACAAU